AUGAUUGUUUUUAGCGACGAGGAUCUUUUCGAUGAGUGCUCUGGCUUAUGCAGACUUAACUAUCAACAGUGUCUUGUAAAUUGCGACUCUUCAGUCUGCCAGAACGAGUGCGCCAAUUCCUUUUCUGGAUGUGUUUCAUAUUGUCCGUGCGGCGUUAAUUGUAUCGAUGGCUGCAGCAAAUGUGAGCACCCACUUUGCUUGUCAUCGUCUCCAUCGUCAACGACGACAGAUUCUCCCAUCGACCAAUCGAAUGUGCAUAUUCUGGUAAUCCCACAAAUACACGCCGCUUACAUUGUCUCCGGCGACGGCUCGAAAACUUCAAAAGCAAAAAUAGACGCCCCUGACUCCGAUUUCUACACCGAUCAGGCUCCUUCUGCAGUGAUUCGCAAUGAGUUGUAUAUUUUUGGAGGAGAUAGAGGAGACAAAUAUAAGAUCGCUAAAUUUGUAACAUGCGAGUUUGUUGAGCUUUCUAUAAAGAUGAAUUAUAAAUAUACUUACGUCUCGUCAGCACUUUCGAUCGAAAAGGGCGAAAGAGAGACUUGGAGUUCAACUGGUGGCUGGGAAGCAUUGCCAGAUUAUCCGAGGGCUGUUUACGGUCAUACUCUAACAAGUCUGGGAAACAGUGCAAUGAUUUUGGCCGGUGGUUAUGUUGAUGAUGAGAGCGAAGGAAUAACGAAUGAAAUUCGAAUGCUCAAAGACGGAUCCUGGUCGAUUCUUGGGAAUCUCAAACGCGCUCAUCUUGUUGGCUCUUCCCUACGAAAAGGACAAUUCAUAUAUCUUGCAUCAGGCGAGAAUGAAAAUUCUAAAGAAGCUCAUUCACGUGCAGUUGAAAGGAUUCAAAUUUCAAACGAUGAGUUGAUCGAGACUGUUGUUAUUGGAGGUCAUGAUGUCAAUGGCAGAAUUCCAGUCCUUUAUGAAACCUCGCCAGACUCUUGUGCAGAGAAUAAUUUCUGA